AGGGAUAGUAACCAAAUCGCCCUCCUCCACGGCUUUGGCAAAUAUGUCCUGAGCAAACCACUUGUUUGCAAUCUCUUCUUUCGUUGGUUCUUCCCCUUCGUUGAGUGGCACCAUAAGAGGAUUCGCUUCACGAUCUGGAGCACAAACAAGAACUGUCUGACAUAUGACGCACAAUACAAGGGUAUAAACCACAAUCAACGACUAAAGAGAAUUAUCUUUCGUAUUUUCCACUUCAGGGAAGGCUUGGAAUAAACUAGGUGUGAC